AUGAAGUACGAUCUCAGCCUGCUCUCCAGCGGUCUGCUGCUCCUCGCCUCUGUCGGCGAUGUCGCAGCCCAGUGCCAGCUCCCCACCUCCUACAAGUGGACUUCCAGUGGUGUCCUCGCCGAGCCCAAGAACGGCUGGAAGUCUCUCAAGGACUUCACUGUCGCUCCCUACAACGGCGGACAGCUCGUCUACGCCACCAUCUUCGGCAGUAGCUGGGGAUCCAUGGCCUUCAGCCCCGUCUCCAACCUCAACCAGCUCAGUUCCGCCAGCCAGACGGGCAUGAGCUCUACCGCUGUCGCCCCUACUCUGUUCUACUUCCAGCCCAAGAACAUCUGGAUUCUCGCCCACCAGUGGGGACCCACCAAGUUCUCGUACAGAACCUCCAGCAACCCUACCAACCCCAACGGCUGGUCUGCUGCUCAGCCUCUCUUCACCGGCGAGAUCGCCAACUCGGACACUGGCCCCAUCGACCAGACCGUCAUUGGUGACAGCAAGAACAUGUACCUGUUCUUUGCCGGUGACAACGGCUGCAUCUACCGCGCCAGUAUGCCCAUUGGCAACUUCCCCGGUAGCUUCGGCUCCGCGUCGCAGAUCGUCAUGCAGGAUACCAAGGCGAACCUCUUCGAGGCCGUGCAGGUCUACUCCCUCAAGGGUCUGAAUAACCUCGACGGCACCUGGACCCCCAACGCUGCCACCGAGUCCAACCCCUUCGCAGGCAAGGCCAACAGUGGCGCCACCUGGACCAACGAUAUCAGCCACGGAGAGUUGAUCCGAACCAGCAACGACCAAACCUUCCCCGUCGACCCUUGCAACCUCCAGCUCCUCUACCAGGGCCGCAACCCCAACGUUGGUGGCGACUACAACUCUCUUCCUUACCGCCCUGGUCUGCUCACCCUCAAGAAGUAA